AUGAAGUCCGUCCUCGCCGCCCUCCUCAUGUCAGCAUCCCUCGCAUUCGCACAAGUGCCCAACUCGCCAUCCAGAAACCCGUACUGUGGCCGAUCCAGACCAAUGUACUAUUACAAUCUACCCAGUGACGGCACGCCGAACUGCAACCAAUGCAGGGAUUUGAAUAAUUAUCCGCGGUUCUUCAAUUUCUUCCAGUGCAAGACUCCCGGAACGAUGCCGCAUGUGGAUUACUUUACUUGUGACAGCAAGAAUGGGCUUUGUAUUACUUAUUGGGCUGCCCCUUCUACUACGGUCAGUGUGGGUGAGGCCGAGGCGUCGGCUCAAGGACGUUCGCCCUAA